AUGGAACACUGGCUGGCUGAGUACUUGUUUGACACACCGACCUACUGCGAGGAAGCUCUGUGCGAGGUCGAAGACUACCCAGACGGCGUAAUUACAAGUGUACCCUCUGAUUCGGAGACCCAAAACGAGAUCUCUUCGGAGGCGAACCCUACCCAGUCAGCGGAAACCCAAAAUGCCAGUGGACAGUUGCACGCGGAGGGCAACGGCGAACGCGAUAGUGCAAACGAGAGCCAGUCCCACCAAGAGAGUGAGGCGCAUCCUGAUUCCGUAUCAGAGCCCGGAGGCGACGCUGAUGCCCUCCAGGAUGAGCCUCAGGUAAAUCCCCAGGCGGGACUUCAGUGUGAAGCCGAGCCAGAGUCUGCAAAUACAGCUGAGGCUGAGCUAGACGCAGACCCUCCUUCCAUGGCAAAUAGCUCACUGAUAACUUUGCCAGAGGGCCACCCUUUCCGCCUAACUCGUAAGUACCUGCGUCAGAUGAAGCUGCUCUACAAGAGGCAGAAGGCUUCCUUCCUGCGCACACAUUCCCGUGCGGAGUUCAAAAAGCUCAAAGCAGAAGUAAAGGGAAAGCUGAGAGAGAGAUGUUUGGCCCUCCGGUGCCGCUGUCACUGCAGGCCCCCACUGAGGAGGACCCAGAGGCCGCCUGAAAGGAACCUGCAAGCGAGCUCGUAA